AUGGACUUCAUUCAUGCAUAUCUUUUAUCUCCCGGCUCUAUCUUGGUGGCGGUCGUGACCGCUAUCUUUUUGGCCAAUGGAUCAUGGCCCCUCCCAAAAAACAAGACAGAUAAGGUCGCAAAUCUUGCUUUGUCGGACCAUGAUUCUAGUGGUGAUUUAUCGGUCACGAAAGAGCCUGAGGUUCCGGAAGGGUGGUAUCAUAGCCAGGAAGUUUUUGAGCUGGAACGCCGCGCCUUGUUCAGCAAAUCCUGGCUGUAUCUUGCCCACGUCACCCAAUUCAAGAAGCCAGGGGCCUACCAAUCCUUUGACGUGGCAGGGUUUCCCGUUUUCUUAAUCAGAGGAAAGGACGAUAAGAUUCGCACAUUCCAUAAUGUUUGCCGUCAUCGUGCAUACACGAUCACCAGAAAAGAAACGGGGGCAUCUGGCGUGCUUGGAUGUAGAUAUCAUGGCUGGAGUUAUGAUACUUACGGGCGGCUAGUGAAAGCACCGAAGUUUGAGGACGUUCCUGGAUUCGAGAAAUCAGAGAAUAGCCUCUUUGAGAUCCAUACACACACUACUGACCAAGGGUCGGUCUUCGUGAAUCUCGAUUCCGGAGAGCCUGUCCCCAUGGAAGACUCUACUCUGUAUGCUCUGAAUGAGUUCACGCGGCAUGCCGAUUUGGGAAUUAAGUCUGAGUGGCUUACUGGACAAACACUAACUGGGGCCUUUAACUGGAAACUGGGAACAAAUGCCCGUCAUUUUGUGGAUUUGGCCACACAGCUCGAGCAAAGGCUCCCUGAGAUUUUGCAACCAUCUAUUGCGACUCGGAUAGCACGAGCCAUCUGGCAGAAGAAUCAGAAAGCAAACUGCUCUUUAUUUCCCGGCACAUUUCUCUACUCAUUUGAACAAAAGGAUAUGUGGUUAUCCUUGACAUUUUUACCAUCUUCGGAGACAAGCACUCGCGUUCGAUAUGAUCUCUUUACCUCGUCCCCAAAGACCGGCGUAGAUGGAGAUGCUCUUAACAGCGUCGUUGCAGAAGUCAUUUGGGAUUUUAUCACCGGUAUCGAGUUUGAAUCCCAAUCGGUCACCGAAAAGACAGCUUUAAACUCCCCAGCUACUUACAAGGUCCUGAAGCAGUUGCAAGAGCACCAAAAGUUGGAGCGGAUUAGUGGUGGUCUGGUUCGUCCUGCUAUGCGUCAGCCAAAAGGUAGCUCGCUUUUCCAACAGGCUGAACAAUUGUGCAAGGAACUUGAUUGCUCGGGUCCUGGGUCACAGGGUGGAUCAAGUAUCUCUUCAAGCGGACUAGAUUGGUAG